UUUUUUCCAAUUGUUGCAAACAAAGCGAUUCUCGAUUUCGAAUUUUGUACAUUACACACAAAGGGGCAGACUGAUCAAUCUUAGCCCAGCGUAAAAGGAGAAAGACACAUUGUGAAUGCUGGAUAGAUCUCGGCAUCCACCGUGAAGUGCGACGACAGCUGAAACAGCUGUUCUGCUGUUGGAUGGUUAAUUUGACAGGGAGGUCGAAGGAUAAAACGAAUGUUUUAUCUGGAUUUCAUCCUCUUAAAUGAUAUCGCGAAUAUUCCGUGGCGAAAAUGAGAAUGUCGCAGUCAAGAGAAAACGACAAAUCGACACCUUGAAGAUCUUCAACGACAAUGUAGUAGAGUUAAGAGAAGAUGUGGAAUAUCAAGUACAAUUCGAUGCUGGAGAAAGGAGAAUGGCCAUUAUGGUUUCUUUGUCACCGGAGUUUCCGUUGGAAAAACCAGCACUCAGGGUUUCUCCACCUGUGAACCAUCCCUGGUGUAACGAACACAGCGAAAUCACAUGUGCACCAGGGCUACUUAAUUUUACAGUACACAGUGAUCUUGGCCGUGUUGUUCAAGCUAUCAUUAGGGAAUUUAGUAAAAAUCCUCCACAGUUGUUAGAAGAAGUUUCUCCUGGAUCUGUAAAGUCCCAUAGAGACUCACAAGGGAGGAAUUCUCCAUCUUACUCUCUGCAACAGUAUCCAGAAAUUUCACCAACGUCAUACAAUUCUUAUUAUACUACUCAAUAUCCACAGUAUUCAUCUGCCAGUGCAAAUACUUGUAUUUAUAAUUACAAUCACACGAACUCGAGUACUGUGUACGUGACAGAAAACCAUACAAAAUUCGGCUCUCCGUCACAGCAUCCAGCCUAUGUUGCGAGCUCGAGGAGUGGUUCGCUUCACAACGUAGAUGUGACGAGAUACAAUUCGAAUCAGCAUGGAACGUAUCUGAAUUCGCAUUACGUGAACGCGAAUUACCACCAGCAGUCGUUACCGAAUCAAGCACAGGCCAAGCUGCGGCAGAGCAUAGCGUUUCCAGAAUUGAAUAACUUGACUAACGAGGAAUUGAAAUGGUUGAGCGAGGAUGACGACCGAUUGGACGAAUUCCUGGAUAAACAUUCCAAUUUAAAAGACAUUAACGCGGCUAUCGACGAUGCAAUAGAUUGGGUCCAAAAAACUGCCGAGGCUAAUGUAGCCAAGGAACCCGAGCUUAGAGAGUUGCAGUCUGAUGUAGCAAAUAAAGUACAGACCGUCACUGCGCUAAAGGCUAGAUAUGAUCAACUUAUACAACGAUACAACAAGUUGUCUGAAGCAUUUACUCCUGAUCACAUAAAAGAGUGUUUAAAAAGAGCGGCCGACGAGAGCCACGAAGAAAGUGAACGAAUCGCCGAGGAUUUCCUUAACAGGAAAAUUGACGUUGAACGUUUCCUUAGCAGUUAUAUCGAAUGUAGGAAAUUGGGCCAAGCGAGAAGAACUAAAGAGGAAAAAUUAGCACAUCAGUUGAACGAAUUGAAACGAGCGGGUUAUUAAAAUUAUAUAUAAUCUUAUCUUUUUCUAUGAAUCGAACAAAUUGUAAAUAAUGCCUAGUUCAAUUAAAUGAUACUGUGAAUUUGAAUAGUAUUCGUGUUUAUCAAGUAUCUAUGCGGUAAAAAUACUCGCUGGCAGAGAACAUUUUUAUAAGGUAUUAAUACGUUACUACGUUGCAGCGUUAUGUCAUUGCUUGUUAUAUGUGGACUGCGUUGAAAUUAAUUAGAUUGCGCGGUACUCUGGACGAGACACAAUUGAUUCUGUAAUACAUGCGUGAAAUAAUUAAAACUCCUCGCGACUAUAAAGUAUGUAUGAAAAGUUGUUGAAAACCAAGGGACAUUGGUUUCAAUUGAUGAGCACUAUAUAACAUUUGAAUUAAUUUAAAAUGUACUUAUUUUUCCAUACAGAAAGUGUCUUUUAAAUGAAUUUAAGUAUGCUAUUAUUGUGCUGUGACAUACUACAAUUGCAUCAAAUAUUACUCUAACAAAAAAAAACUUUUUUUUACAAUGUAAAUAAAUGUGCGGGAAUAUGAUUAAAAUCGAUUUUUCAAAGUUUGCUAUUCA